GCGCGCACGUCACGAUCAUGAUGAGAAUUAAUGAUCAGGGCCGCUGAUUUCAUUGUGUGACGCCGGGACCGACCCAACCGAGGCCGGCCGAGCCCGGAGGCCCCGCGCCGGCCCCGCGCUACACGAUGAAUCUGCGUUCUGUAUUUACUGUAGAGCAACAAAGGAUAUUACAGCGUUACUAUGAAAAUGGAAUGACAAAUCAAAGUAAAAAUUGCUUUCAGCUCAUUUUACAGUGUGCACAAGAAACUAAACUGGAUUUCAGCGUGGUCAGGACAUGGGUUGGCAACAAGCGGCGGAAGAUGAGCAGCAAGAGUGCCGUGGAAUCUGGGGGCACCCCCCCAGGGACUGCCCCUGCCACGCCCUCCAUGUCUCCAGAAACAGCAGUGAGAAAUGUGGUAAAUAUUGCUCGAUCCCAAAGCCAGCAAUCCUGUUGGACCUCUUCUAACAACGACUUGAUAGUGACUGGUAUCUACAGCCCUGCCAGCUCAUCGGGCCAGCCCAGAGCCACCAAGCACACAAACGCCUCUGUGGCAAAGCUACACAAAACCUCCAUCCCACGGCUUCCAGGCAAGAGCGAUGCAGACUUCCAGCAGCAGCACAUCCCUCUGGGACGGCAAGUACCCCACUGUAAGAACACUUCCCUCUUAGUGGGGGAAAAGACCAUUAUUCUAUCCAGGCAAACGAGCAUGCUCAAUUCUGCAAACUCCAUCUACAGUCACACGAAGAAAAGCUACGGCGGCUCCUCAGUGCCGACAGCGGAGCUGGUGUUACCUCAGAAACCCAUGAUUUGCUACAGGCCCUGCAAGGCUGAACCCUUGGGGUGCCAGCGCUUGCAGAAACCCAAGCACACGGCCCUGGCAUCACACGUGCCCCCCAGGCCGAGGGCUCACCCCAGGGACCCUGCGUGUGGCACCCAGAACCUGGAGAUCCGUGAGGUGUUCUCGCUGGCGGUCACAGACCAGCCCCAGCGGCUCAUGGCGGGGAGCACGACACAGAAACAUCCUUCCCAGGAAGGCAGCUGCCUGUCCAUCGCGAUGGAGACAGGUGAUGUGGAUGACGAGUACGCCCGGGAGGAGGAGCUGGCCUCCAUGGGAGCGCAGAUCCAGAGCUACUCCAGAUACUGUGAGGGCAGCGGCUCCAGCCGCUCCGGGUACAACCAAAGCGCGGCCAGGCCAGGCUGCAGUGGGGGCUGUGGGGCACAGCUGGGCAGUGCCAGGGAUGUGCCUGACAAUCUCCUCUACCACAGCAGAGAGUUCCACCUGCCUGCACGGACCUCAUUGCACACCACGUCCAGCAUGAUUUAUAACACUGCGAACGCAGCCAGAAGUACCUUUUCUCCUCAUUUCACAUCUUCAAGUCAACUGAGGCUGUCACAAAACCAAAAUAAUUACCAGAUUUCAGGAAACCUUACUGUGCCUUGGAUUACAGGUUGUUCCAGAAAAAGAGCAUUACAGGACCGCACACAAUUUAGUGACCGAGACUUAGCUACCCUAAAGAAAUACUGGGACAAUGGCAUGACCAGCCUGGGCUCAGUCUGCAGAGAGAAAAUUGAAGCUGUGGCUGCAGAAUUAAAUGUUGACUGUGAAAUAGUUCGGACUUGGAUUGGGAAUCGAAGACGGAAAUAUCGUUUAAUGGGGAUUGAGGUCCCACCCCCUAGAGGAGGUCCUGCUGAUUUCUCUGAUCAAUCUGAAUUUGUUUCUAAAUCAGCACUUAAUCCAGGAGAGGAAACUACUACUGAAGUGAGGGAUGAUAAUGACAGGAAUGAUGAAGUAUCAAUCUGCUUAUCUGAAGGAAGCUCACAAGAAGAGACAAAUGAAGCUCUUCAAAAUGAAGCAAUUAGCCACAAAGAUGAUGACCAGAAUCCAGUUUCCACUGAUAAUGUGAAAAUAGAAAUUUUAGAUGAUGAAGGAAGUGAUCUGAUCAGCAAUUCUGAAGUGGAUCAGAUGAGUUCUCUUUUGGAUUACAAGAAUGAAGAAGUCAGGUUCAUCGAGAGUCAGCUGGAGAACCACAAACAGAAAUAUUUUGAACUGCAGACGUUUACCCGGAGUUUGAUACUUGCAAUUAAAUCAGAUGAUAAGGAACAGCAGCAGGCUCUGCUUUCAGACUUACCUCCUGAACUUGAAGAAAUGGAUUUCAACCACACAUCCCCAGAGCCUGAUGAUACCUCAUUCAGCCUCUCAUCCCUGUCAGAGAAAAAUGCCUCAGACAGUUUGUGAUUUCUUUUUCUUGGAAGAGACAGAACAGAAACCCCACGGGAGGUGCAGGGUUCAGGGGAGAGAGAGGCUUUUGCUCUGCGGUGUUCUCAGCCCAAGGGAGCCAGCCCGAGGAGGAGGAGCCUGUGCUGGAGGGCGGCUGUGGCUCCUCACAGCCUCACACUGCCCAGGAACUGGGAAUGUUUGGUUUGGAAAAUCAAAGAACUGGGUGAGGGAAGGGUUCACUGGUAGCAGCUUGGCCUUGGGUAGGAUUAACUUUGACUCUUCAGAACAACUCUGGCUCUGUAGCAGUCUUUCUGAGCAGGGAUGCAAGAGUGGGAAGCAAAUGUUGUGUGACACACAGCAAAUUCUCCAGCUCCACGUGCUCCCCAGGCCUGUUUAUUAUAUUUUUCCCCAUUUUUACUCAGGUAGGUAGACUAAAAAUUGGGGAUCUAAAUAGAAUAACAGGCUUUCUCUGAGUUGUACUUGAAAACCUGAAAUUAAACUGAAGUGUUUUUCAUUUUCUGACUUAAGAUUGUUAAAUCUUCCAUUUUUCUGACCAAAAUAGCUGAAAAAACCUUGAAAGGCUAACUGAAAAAAUUGAAUUAUCCUCAAUGAAUUAUUAAUGCAAGGAAGCAGUGAUAAGUGUUGGAAGAAAUGAGGUGGAAUUGGGAACCCUAAUAGCUGCAGGACACAACUUCCUAAUACAGUAGCAAUUGGACUGGAUGUUUACACUCUUUAGAGUUUAAUGAUUGUAGUCAAAGUUUUUAAUUAUCAAAGCCUGAAUGCUAAAGUUCUGCUUAUUAUUUUAAGUCUUGGUUAUAUAUUUUUCCACAAACUUUGCUCUAGUUUACAAAGCCAGUCAGA